UCGAAUCGAGGAGAAGAAGGCGAAGAGGUGUCGCGUCGCGGCUUUUGAUCGAGACGGACGUGGAGCAGGGCUGCUGAUCUCAUCGGUUCGAGAGGUUGUCGGGUUGAUUGAUUCCCAUGGAGAGGGGUUGCAAUGGCGGCGGCGGCGGCGGCGUCAAGGUGACGUUCAUCGAGACGCAGUUCGUGACGUCCGACGCCGCCGGGUUCAAGUCCCUCGUGCAGCGCCUCACCGGCAACGACGCCACGGCCGCCGCCCAUCCGCCGCCGCUCCAGAGGCCGCGGCCGUGCCGGGCCGCCGCCGACGGGUGGAGGGGAGGAGCCGGCGGCGCGACCACGGUGGUCGCGGCGGCGCAGCGGGAGGCCGUGCCGCCGUCGCCGUGGGUGGAUGAGAUGCUGCUGCUCUACGAGACGUGCGACCUCGACGAGAUGCUCGUCGGCGCGAGCGGAGGACGGUGCCACGGCGGCGGCGGCUACGGUGGCUUCCCCUGUUGAUCAACGCCCCGUGAUCGAUGCUCCCUGCAGAUUGUUUCAUUCUUUUUAUUUUUCCUUUUUUUCUGAAUUACUCUGUUACACCCUGUCCUGUAAGCUGUAACGUUUUGGUGCGAUCGGGGAAUGUAUUUUUGGAGUCGC